CGAUUACAAACACAUCCAGACUUUAGUUAUGAAGCUUUGAAUAUAAUACCUGCUUGGAAACAAAUCGCAAUUGUAUUAUGGCGAUUUGCUAAUAGAACAGAGAUAAGAACAUUAGAACAAAUACUUGGUAUAAGUCAAGGGUCAGUAUAUCAUUUUACAGAUCGAUUCUUGAAAGCUUUGUUAGAUUUAGAACAGGAAAGAAUAAUGUGGCUACAAGGAACAAAAUUAGCAACUAUAACACAAGGGUUUGAAUAUGGAAUAUCAGGCUUAGAACAUAAAUUAUCUAAUAUUAUUGGUGCAAUAGAUGGAUCACAUAUUCCUAUUCAUCCUCCUUAUAAAAAUGGUGCAUGA